CAAAACACGGCAGCCGAAGUGCUAGGAGCUCGGCUAUUGAGUGUACCCGUAGGAAUCGGCUCUCAUCUCCUCCACACCAAUCCGGAAUUCCGGGCCUCCAGUCCACGACGUCACCCGCUUCCGCUGCUCCAAGCCAAUGGACCGGGUUGAGCGCACCUCCCCCUUCUCACCAUCCCCCGAAUUCAUUGCAUGGCAAUCUAGACAAGAGAAGAACCGACUCCCUCUUCCCCACCCUUCUCUUCCCCUUGUUCUAUUCUUGAACAAACCACGCUCUCCUCUCCUCCUCCGUGAAGGCCUUAUCCAAGCCAGCAAAGAGAAGAGAGAACAAAAGCAGGGCUCCUCCUCUCUUUUUCUCCUAUACACACUGCUCCUCUCCCUUCUCCAUUUUCUUUUUUGUUUUUCCUUUUUAAACCACCACCACCUUCUCCCUUAAAAUGGCUGGCAUCUCAUUGGAAGAGAUCAAAAAUGAGAAUGUCGAUCUUGAGCGGAUUCCGAUCGACGAAGUCUUCGAGCAGCUGAAAUGCUCCAGGGAGGGGCUCAGCACUGCAGAAGGGGAGCAGCGUCUCAAGAUCUUUGGCCCCAAUAAGCUCGAAGAGAAAAAGGAGAGCAAGGUCCUCAAGUUCUUGGGCUUCAUGUGGAACCCACUGUCAUGGGUCAUGGAGAUUGCUGCCAUCAUGGCCAUCGCUCUUGCCAAUGGAGGGGGUAAACCACCUGAUUGGCAAGACUUCGUUGGUAUCGUUGUCCUUCUCAUCAUCAACUCCACCAUUAGCUUUAUCGAGGAGAACAAUGCAGGCAAUGCUGCUGCCGCCCUCAUGGCUGGCCUUGCUCCAAAGACUAAGGUGUUGAGAGAUGGAAGGUGGUCGGAGCAAGAUGCAGCGAUACUUGUCCCGGGAGACAUUAUCAGCAUCAAGCUUGGCGACAUUAUCCCAGCAGAUGCACGCCUCCUGGAUGGUGAUCCACUCAAGAUUGAUCAAUCGGCUCUCACUGGAGAAUCCCUCCCUGUGACCAAGAACCCAGGUGAUGAGAUCUUCUCAGGCUCCACCUGCAAGCAGGGUGAGAUUGAGGCUGUUGUCAUCGCCACUGGCGUUCACACCUUCUUUGGGAAGGCAGCCCACCUUGUCGAUAGCACCAACAAUGUUGGCCACUUUCAGAAGGUUCUCACGGCGAUCGGUAAUUUCUGCAUCUGUUCGAUCGGACUGGGAAUGCUGGUGGAGAUUGUUGUCAUGUACCCAAUUCAGCACCGAAGGUAUCGGGAUGGGAUCGACAACCUUCUGGUGCUCCUAAUUGGAGGAAUACCAAUUGCUAUGCCCACUGUGCUAUCAGUCACAAUGGCAAUUGGGUCGCACCGGCUAUCUGAGCAAGGGGCCAUUACAAAGAGGAUGACAGCAAUUGAGGAGAUGGCAGGGAUGGACGUGCUGUGUAGUGACAAGACUGGGACUCUCACCCUAAACAAGCUCACUGUAGACAAGAACAUGAUUGAGAUUUUUGUGAAAGACAUUGACAAGGACACUGUGGUCCUAUAUUCGGCAAGGGCCUCCCGGGUUGAAAACCAGGAUGCAAUUGAUGCCUCCGUUGUUGGAAUGCUGGCUGACCCGAAGGAGGCUAGAGCGGGGAUCCAGGAGGUGCAUUUCUUGCCCUUCAAUCCAGUGGACAAGCGCACAGCAAUCACCUACACUGACUCUGCUGGCAAGUGGCACCGGAUCAGCAAAGGUGCCCCUGAACAAAUCAUUGAACUCUGCAACAUGAGAGAGGAUUCCAAGAAAAGAAUCCAUGCCAUAAUCGAUAAGUUCGCCGACCGUGGGCUCCGGUCUCUGGGAGUAGCAAAGCAGGAGGUGCCCGAGGCGAACAAGGAGAGCCCUGGUGGACCAUGGCAAUUCAUUGGCCUCCUCCCUCUCUUCGAUCCACCGAGGCAUGAUAGUGCAGAGACCAUCCGCCGGGCACUUAACCUUGGGGUCAAUGUGAAGAUGAUCACUGGUGACCAACUGGCCAUUGCAAAGGAGACUGGAAGAAGGCUUGGCAUGGGGACCAACAUGUACCCCUCCUCCAGCCUUCUCACAGACAAGAAGGAUGCCAUCAGUGGUGGCAUCCCCAUUGAUGAGCUCAUCGAGAAGGCUGAUGGGUUUGCCGGUGUCUUCCCAGAGCAUAAGUAUGAGAUUGUGAAGCGGCUGCAGGACCGGAAGCACAUCUGCGGCAUGACAGGCGAUGGUGUGAACGAUGCGCCUGCCCUGAAGAAAGCUGACAUCGGCAUUGCAGUUGCCGAUGCCACCGACGCAGCUCGUGGUGCAUCUGACAUUGUGCUGACGGAGCCUGGUCUCAGUGUGAUUGUUAGUGCAGUGCUGACCAGCCGUGCCAUCUUCCAACGCAUGAAGAACUACACCAUUUAUGCAGUCUCCAUCACCAUCCGUAUUGUUCUUGGCUUCCUACUCCUUGCCCUCAUAUGGCAAUUUGAUUUUUCACCUUUCAUGGUUCUCAUCAUCGCCAUCCUAAAUGAUGGCACCAUAAUGACCAUCUCCAAGGACCGUGUCAAGCCUUCCCCUGUCCCUGACUCUUGGAAGCUUCGCGAGAUCUUCGCCACCGGCAUCGUUCUUGGCACCUACCUGGCCCUCAUGACGGUUCUCUUCUUCUGGAUUGCACAAGAGAGUGACUUCUUCUCUAAUGCCUUCAAGGUGAGGUCAAUAAGAGACAACACCGAUGAGCUUACAGCAGCUCUGUACCUUCAAGUAAGCAUAAUAAGCCAGGCGCUUAUCUUUGUCACCCGGUCAAGGGGAUGGUUCUUUGUCGAGCGCCCUGGUCUCUUGCUUGUUGGUGCUUUUGUAGCUGCACAGUUGGUUGCCACAGUCAUUGCGGUGUAUGCAAGCUGGGGCUUUGCGCAAAUCCAUGGGAUUGGAUGGGGAUGGGCAGGAGUCAUAUGGCUCUACACCAUCGUUACCUUCUUCCCUCUUGACAUCCUCAAGUUUAUCAUUCGCUAUUCGUUGAGUGGCCAGGCUUGGGACAACCUUUUCCAGAACAAGACCGCAUUCACUAACAAGCCAGAUUAUGGGAAGGGAGAACGGGAGGCACAAUGGGCGCUAGCUCAGCGAACCCUGCAUGGUCUCCACCCACCAGAGGAUUCAGGCAGUCUCUUUAAUGAGAAGAACAACAACUACAGAGAGUUGUCUGAGAUUGCUGAGCAGGCAAAGAGGCGGGCUGAAGUUGCCAGGCUCAGAGAGCUUCACACGCUCAAGGGACAUGUCGAGUCAGUAGUGAAGCUGAAGGGACUGGACAUUGAGACAAUCCAACAGCACUAUACAGUUUAAGGAAGAUCGAUUUGUACUAAAAGAAGGAUCAAAGGAGGAGAAAUUGGUUUUGGAAUAAUUUUUUUUUUCCAUCUUAAAUUUUGUUGUAAGGAAGGAAUUCAUAAAGAAUGGAUGUGGUAAGCAGCAGUUUUGGAAGACAAUAACCAUAGAAAUCAGAAUGGACUUGACUUGCUUUGCAUACCAAAGGUGAUCAGGGGAGGGAAAAAAAAAAAUGCAAGCUUGAAAUGCGCUAGAUUAAUAUCAAACAAUGUUCUGUAUUCCUUUUCUUGAUAUCAUAUAUAUUUUUUUCCUCCUCUCUUACUCUGUAUGAGAGAGGUUUUGCUAAUAGGGAUAUGGUUUCUUCAUCCAAACACAUAUUUGAAAGCUUAUUCAAGAUUCUUGUCUUCAGUUUA